AUGGCUUCGACCAUACAAGAUUGGGCGCGCGCCCUUCUUGACCCUUCUCCGCUGGGUCUUGUCAUCGCCGUCCUCCUCGUUGUCUCGAUCCCAAUCUUCCUCCACUCCGUCGUCUUUCGCGCCAGCGGCCUCGUUACCCUCCCUUCCAUCCUGCUCCUUGGACCCAGCGACUCUGGAAAGACUUCUCUUCUCACUUUGUUCGAACGCGGCGCAAAUGCCCCAACCCACACGUCUCAAACCCCCAUCGCAGUCGAGUGCCACCUCCCUGUCGGCACCACCGCCAAAUCUGAUUCCUACCGCUCCUCUCACGACCCCUCGUCCAUCGCGCACAAGAAGUUUCUGCUCGUCGACACCCCCGGGCAUGGCAAACUGCGGCAUCACGCCUUGGAGUCCAUAAACAGUCCUCAGAACCUCAAGGGGCUCAUCUUUGUCGUUGACGCUGCGGCACUAUCCGCCGGCGAUGACGGGUUGAGACAGACUGCGGAUUACCUCCAUGAAGUUUUAUUAUUGCUGCAGAAGAGAAGCGGGAUGAAGAGUGUGAAGACGAAGGAAAUGCACGUCCUGGUUGCGGCCAACAAAACGGAUCUUUUUACCGCGCUGCCGGUAGCGUUGGUGAAGAGCGUAUUGGAGGGGGAGAUUGCGAAGGUGAGGGUGAGCCGGAGUAAAGGGCUGCUGGACUCUGGAAUUAGGAUGGGGGAAGUGGAAGACGAGGAGAAUGAUGACUGGUUGGGGGAGAUGGGGUCUACAGAAUUCACAUUCGCGCAGAUGGAAGAGUUCGAUGUCUAUGUUCAGGUUGUUGGUGGGUGUGUGGAGGGCACGGAUGGUCCGGUGGUGGAUAAGUGGUGGAGGUGGAUUUCGGACAGGCUUUGA